CUUAUGAUCAUAUAGGCAAAAACAAACACUUUCCUCAUAACAAACUUCUUCCUUUUUCUUUCCAAAAAGACAACUCUUUUACCUAAAUUUACACACACAAUUACUCCAUAUAAAAACAAAAGUUAACAAAUCUUUGCUGUGUGAUAGUGAAAAUGUGCUUACCAAAAUUGAAAAGAAGAAGGGCUUAAAAUAGAAAGACAAUUAACGAUGACAGUUGCAUAGAAAUGAACAUGUGGUGAAAAAAUGGAGGAGAGAGAAAAAAAUGGUGUUUUUUUUAGGGGUGAAGUUAGGAAGAAAAGAUGAGAGGUGGGAUAAUUUGAAAAAAAAGGGAUAGAAAAAGGGAAGAAGGGAAAAAUUCCUUCUUUGUGCAUAUAUGUUUUCAAGGAGGAGUAUAAAUCCUCUGAGAAGACUUAUUUAAGCUUUAACCAAUUUUAUUGUCUCGCGCUCCCUUGGCCUGUUUUCGUCUACCUGAAUGCCUUUCCCAGUGUUCAGGGUUUGUUUUCAAUCUCUCUUUCUUGUUUUACAUUGCGAUACUAGUCUUAUAUGCACGCGAUACUCUUACAUGCACGCAAUGCAUGUGAAUAAUCUAAAUUGUAUCAUUACAUUAUGUAUGUUUGAAUUAAAUUUUAUGUCUGGGUUAUUUCUGAUUUUCAUGUUUAGUAAAAAGGAUGAAAUGGGUUUUUUUUUUCUUCUUUUUAGAAUGUUUGAAAUUUGAAUGAUGGGUUAUUUGGUUGGCAAGAGAAUUGAGAUUGUGCUUUUUAUGUAUUUUCUUUUAUAGAUGGGAUUUUGUUUAUUUUUGUAUGGGAAUGAGAUUAGGUUUUGUAAAUGUUGCUUCUUUGAUGAACUUGAUUUCAUGUUAGCAUUUUGUUCAUGUUGUUGGAGGAGUGAAAUUAGAAUUCUGGGUUUCUUUAAUGUUCUUUGUUAUGUUACCUCUAUGUAGCAAUAAUUGCCAAAUUGGGGAUCUUUAUUCUUUUACUAUUUUUAGAAAAUUAGGGAUUUGGAAUUAUGGGUUUUUCUUCCCCAAUGUAAUAGAGGGAUUUUGGACUAGUUUGUCUAGAAAUGAAAUUGGAAUUAUGGAGAUUAAUGUGAGAAUGAUAGAAAGUUGGCUUUGGCUAUGGAUGCUUUCUUUAUUUGAUGUGAGUUUUUGUCAUUUAUUAACUUGGAUUAUGCAUCUUAAUCUGCUAAUGUGACGAUUGUGCUUCUCGACUAAGCUUUUUGAAGUGCAAUUACAUUGUGCUUGUUUCUCAUUUACAUGAAAGAUUUGACUGUGACUCGAAUUAAGUUAGUGUAAUGUGAAAAGGGACAUGUGAAAAUAGAUUUUUGUUUGCUUAUUUUUACUGCUAUGUCAUACAUGCAUCCUGUUGUUAACUUGGGUUUUGAAAUGCUCUUUGCCUUUGGAGUUUUAAUCAUUUUUUCAGUCUUUGAAUUAUAUAUAUUGCAGAAGCUCUGACGAGAUAUGUACAGAGGAGCGAGGGACAAAUACAUAGGAGCAUCCGAUGGCUACUGUUCGUGGGAAAGCUAACUGCUGAAAAGAAUUUUGAAUUGUUUAGUCUUUCAUCAACCUCAACUUCGGAAGGCUACUAAGAAGAAAUUUGAAUUGCUUACUUUAUUAACCUCACUUCCAAAAUGGCUGUAGUUGUUGACCAACAUCCUGGAAUUAAACCUCCUGCCCGAUCUCAAAGAUGUAGACUUCUAUCCUUUACCCACCUUGACUUUUUCGCCUUUGAACCUAGCCCAACUGAUUUGGCAUAUUCCUUGGGGAAAGCUGACCUUACUGCAAGUUUUCAUCGAAGUUUAUCCACUCCUUGCUUAACCUUAACAAGUAAGGUGGAUGAAGAGUUCAAUGAGAGCCGAAAGGUUGAACUCAUUGGUGGUAAGGGUGUCUCUAAAGUGCGAGCACUUGUAGUGGAAGUUGCCAUAGCCUUAGCCUCUGGUGUAGACCCCGUGCCUAUCUCAAGUGGGCUUGGUGGGGCCUACUUCCUACAUAACCGAAAUGGAGACAAUAUUGCCGUGGCAAAGCCAAUUGAUGAGGAACCUUUAGCAUUAAACAACCCAAAAGGUUUUACGGGAAGAAUGCUUGGUCAACCUGGCUUAAAACGUUCUGUCCGAGUUGGUGAAACUGGCGUAAGAGAGCUGGCUGCUUAUCUCCUUGAUCAUGAUGGAUUUGCUGGAGUAUCUCCCACAGCACUUGUUAAAUUUUCUCAUGUUAAGUUUCAUGUUAAUGAUUCAUCUCCAAUCUCAUCUUCAAGACACAAGAUCGCUUCUCUUCAGCGCUUUGUAGAACACGAUUCUGAUGCCGGGGACUUGAGCCCAUCUGGCUUCUCUGUCUCUUCGGUUCACCGUAUUGGGAUCCUAGAUAUAAGACUCCUCAACAUUGACCGACACUCCGGGAAUAUACUUGUCGGAAAGUACGAGUGUGAUAAGCACUCUCUUGGUGCUGCUGAGCUCAUUCCUAUAGACCAUGGCCUUUGUUUACCUGAGUGGUUGGAUGAUCCAUAUUUUGAGUGGCUCCAUUGGCCUCAAGCAUCGAUCCCCUUUUCAGAUGCUGAAAUGGAGUACAUAUCUAAUCUUAAUCCAUUUGAAGAUGCCCAACUUUUGCGAACUCAGCUUCCCCGCCUUGGUGAGUCUUCCAUCCGUGUUCUUGUAGUGUGCACCAUCCUUUUAAAGAGGGCAGCCUGUGCAGGGCUUUGCCUUGGUGACAUCGGUGAGAUAAUGACUCGUGAUGGUCAUGGUGGAGAAGAAACUAUGAGUGUAUUGGAGAUCAUUUGUGUUAGAGCUAAAGAUGCUGUCUUUAUGCUCACAAAUGGCCUAGAUUAUGGAGUCAUUGGAGGAGAAGCGAGACAAGAAAAGGAUUUUUCAAUGUUUCAGUUUGACGAGGAAUGUAAAGAAGAUGACCAUAGAAGCAUGUUUAAUCCGUCUAAGGUCGUGCAAACCCGAGUAGGGAGGCCGCCUCUUGCUCCACAAGCUCAUUCUGAAAGACUAGUUAAUAUUCUUUCUUCUGAUGUUAAAUUGGGCUCACACGUAGAGCGUGACUAUCAAAGUAGUGUUGAUUCUAUAAUGCACGAAACAAAACCUCAUCACUUGGUUAAGAGUAUUAGUUUUGCAGCACCGGGGAGGAAGAACGAAAUCGAGGGCAUUUCUUUUGGGGAAAUGAACGAAAUCGAGUGGGAAUUCUUCCUCGAGAUGUUUGAGAAGCUGCUACCAGAGGUGUUUGAGGAGCGAAAGAGCACCGGUAUAACCCAAAGAGUAGGGUCAGCUUGAUUCUUUCCAGAAGCUCCCAACUAACUUCAUUUUUUUUAUAAAAGUCUAGAAAAAAAAGCUAGUAACAAAUCCAAAGCCAAUAACUAUGAUUAUUGAUUAGGAAUGAUGCCCUUGUAUUUGUUUGUAUCAUUAAACUGUAAACUAGCUAUUACUAGAAUGUAGAUAUAGUUUUAGGGUUUGAAAGGGAAAAGAGAUCUGCCAUAUGUUGACAUCCUACCCCUUUCUACCUUCUUCCCCAUUCUUAUAAUUCCUUUUUAAUCUUAAAGAGAUCAAAAAGAUGAUGUGAAACUGUACAAGAUGAUGUGAAACUGUACAAGUAUACAUUUUGUAAUGGAAAAGCAGCUUAAUGUCUAUAUACUUCUACAUAAUAAGAGUUUUGCCUACCAAGUAGGUUUAAGUGCA